AUGUAGUUAGCAAAUAAUAGAAUCGGGACAAUAGAAGAAAUAGAAUACUUGUAAAAUGACAUUUUUCCUACUCUUCAUACUGCAUUAGCUAAAUUAGUAGAAUAUGUAGAGAAGACAGAAGAAGUAAAUAAACAUAAAGAGAGGUUGGAAUAAAUAAAGAUUUGCGAUAAAAUAGAAAAAAGACGGGUAGAGAGAGAUCGUUUAAAAAAAGAAUUAGGAUCAGACUUUGGAAGUGAUUCUGAAGGAUAAGAAGAGAAUCCAGAGAAUAAAUCAAUCAAUGAUGAAUAGACUGGAAAAAAAUUAGAAUAACUUAUUCCCAUAGAAAAUGAAUUUUAAUAGCAAUCAUAAAACUUAAUUGAUGAAAUUACAAUGUAGGAGAUGAAAUAGGAAAUUAAUCAUUUGCUUGGAUAAAUAUAAGAAGAUUAAGGAGAGGAAGAAUCUCCUGAUAAACAUGAAUUAGAGAAAUUAAAACUAUAAUUAAGAAUAUAAAGAGAAGCAAUGGAUUUCAAUCCCUUAAUAUAUUUGGCAUCAUUAUUAAGAUAGUUAGCUAAAUGA